ACUUUGCUUGCAGCAGAGCUGAGGCAGGCUAUUUCUUCUUAGAGGAAACACUGCAGCCUUCUGGACUGCGUCUGCCUCUCGAGGGAGAGGCUGACUGUUGUUCCACCCACAGGCUGGAAGGAGGGGGUUUGAAUGAAAGACAAGACAAGCCCUAAACACCAUGUCACUCCGAGAGGGAGACAGCAGCAACUAGGCUGGAAGGGAUUUUUUUUUCUUUCUUUCUUUCUUCCUUCCUUUCUUUUUUUUUUUUCAAAUAUUUUUUUUUUUUACCUAGUAGGGGGAGGAGAGAGGAGAAAAUUCUGAGAGACUGAGAGUAAGAAAGGAGAACAGCCAAGCCGGUCUGCAGGAAUUCUGAGUUACAGCAUACAGCUUUCUGGUUCCUGUCACAGGACUUUAUCUUCUGCACAUUCUGGAUUUAUACUACAGACAAGCUUCUUUUAGGAAUAAGGAGAUAUUAACAGAGGGAUAUCAACAGGGGAGAGGAAGGACAAGCAGCGCCUUGUGUGAUUUUAUUUUGAUACAAAUCUAGAUUUCCGAUGUCUCCCUUGUCGUAUUGGAAUGAGUGAUUGGUAAAACAUUAAAAAACAAAAACAAAAAAAACAAAAAAACAUUAAGGCUGAAAACUCCUGAAACAACAUCGUUGCUGUCAGGAAUAGUAGUUUCUGAGAAGGAAGAAGGGCCUGGGGCAUUACUCCCUGUCAACGAGUUUUCUGCAUCAGAUAUUACGAUUCCAGCUACAUGGGCAAACGCUUGGAACAGCAACCAAUGUACCCUCAGUACACUUACUACUAUCCUCACUAUCUCCAAACCAAGCAGUCCUAUGCACCAGCUCCUCAUCCGAUGGCUCCCCCCAGCCCCAGUACGAACAGUAGUAACAACAGCAGCAACAGCAGUGGAGAACAGCUGAGUAAAACAAACCUAUAUAUAAGAGGACUUCCACCUGGCACAACAGACCAAGACCUUAUUAAGCUAUGUCAACCGUAUGGGAAAAUUGUAUCGACUAAGGCAAUCCUGGACAAAAACACAAAUCAAUGCAAAGGUUAUGGAUUUGUAGAUUUUGACAGUCCUGCUGCAGCACAAAAAGCCGUCGCAUCGCUGAAAGCUACUGGUGUGCAAGCCCAAAUGGCAAAGCAACAGGAACAAGACCCAACAAAUUUGUACAUCUCAAACUUGCCAAUUUCAAUGGAUGAACAGGAACUAGAAAACAUGCUUAAGCCAUUUGGACAUGUCAUUUCUACGAGAAUAUUAAGAGAUGCAAGUGGAGUGAGUAGAGGAGUAGGGUUUGCACGAAUGGAGUCUACAGAAAAAUGUGAAGUGGUUAUUCAACAUUUCAAUGGAAAAUAUUUGAAAACACCCCCAGGUGUACAAGCUCCACCAGAGCCUUUACUGUGUAAAUUUGCUGAUGGAGGACAAAAGAAGAGGCAAAAUCAGAGUAAAUAUACACAAAAUGGGAGGCCAUGGCCCAGAGACGGAGAGACUGGAAUGGCAUUGACAUAUGACCCGACAGCAGCUAUGCAGAAUGGAUUUUAUUCUCCUCCCUACAAUAUUGCAACAAACAGAAUGAUUCCACAAACAUCCAUCACACCUUUUAUUGCUGCUUCCCCCGUAUCUACCUAUCAGGUACAAAGUACAUCCUGGAUGCCUCACCCGCCAUAUGUUAUGCAACCAACGGGUGCUGUGAUAACACCAACAAUGGACCAUACCAUGUCAAUGCAGCCAGCAAGUAUGAUGGGCCCUCUAACACAACAAAUGAAUCAUCUCUCCUUGGGGACAACCGGAACAUAUAUGACCACUGCUGCACCUAUGCAAGGGACCUAUAUUCCCCAGUAUACUCCUGUGCCUCCAACAGCUGUUACAGUUGAAGGUGUUGUAGCUGAUACGUCUCCUCAAACAGUGCCAUCUUCAUCACAGGAAGCAAGUGGACAGCAGCAACAACUAAGUGGAGAGACGAAUAAUGAACAUACAUCGGCAUACUCCUACCAACAAUCCAAGUAAACAACUGAUACAAACAGGACUGAAGAAUGUUGGUCUGAAAACCUUGCCUUGAAUGGAGACACUUCAGAAGAAGUUGACUUCCUCUUUGCACAGGCAUCAAACAGAAGCUUUUUUUUUCCUUUUUAUUUUUUCUAAAUUGCUCAACAGUGUUUUUUAUGUGCUGUGCAAAAGCAAACAAAAACAAAACAAUGAAAAGAAAAUUGUUCAGUUAUGUAGUUUGACAAUUUUAUUUUUGCUACUCUUUCUUAAUGAACACACACCAAGAAAACGCAAUGCUGGGUUAUUAUUUCAUCUGGAAAUUGAUAAACAUUGUAAUCUGGAGAUGUACAGCAGAUAGUACAGAGAUUUGGGAACAGUGAAACCGACGUCAAGGGGCAGUACUUCAGAUGGAACCAUAACUGUCUUCCUUUAUUAUUAAGCUAAAACAUUCUCUUUCUUGUAUAUUGUUUCUGAUUUUUUUCACUUUUAUUUCUUUUCCAUAGGAAUGAUUAUCAUGAAUUCUAAUUGCCUUAAUUUUAAGGACGUCAAAAGAUCCCAGAGAAUUUAUCAGCAAUCAUAUGGGACAUAAGGCAUGAGAUUCAGCAUUUUAAUUGUACCCCACAACUGUUGCUGACAUUUCAAAUGGGUUUAUAGGGUUGACGUAUAUGUACAGAUAGAGAUGAGGAAAAUUUCUUCUUUUGAAGAAACAUUUUGCUGGAAAAAAAUGUGGCAUCUGCAAUUGGAAACAAAUUGGACUUCUAUGAACAUUAUUGUAAAUGUUAAUACAAAAAAUAUAGUUAGCUGUAGCUUUUUACAGUGGGGUUAAUGGACUAAAAAAAAAAAAGAAAAGAAAAAAAACACAAUAACUGCAUCUAGGGGUCAUGCAGUUUUUUGUUGAAUGCUGUUUUUUUUAUUUCAUUUUCAAGUUUAUUUACAAAGUGUGACUGCUAGCAAAAGGCAUUAGUGCUUUCUAUCUGCAAUCUUUUUUAUAAGCUUUACGAGAUUUUUAGUCAGCUUUGCUUGUCAUAUUGCAAAAAAAAAAACGAAAACCUUAGUAGUUGUAAAAUUAGGAGUUUAUGGGUAAAAAAAAUUGCGAAAAAAAGCAAUAGCUAGAAGAAAUUGUUGACAAUUUCUGUUGUAUUUCCGAGUUGUGAUCAAAUGCAGCCUUUGGAUGGCCAAUUUUAUACCAAAGAUGAAGUGACACCCUAAAGCAGAUCUGAAGACAGUGUUUUGGUUUUACUUUAUUUUUUUAUUUGAUCUACAUGGCCGGACCAACUCUUUCUUUUUUCAAUGUUUAAACAAUCUUCCACUAGUAUUGUGUUUUAUGUAUGUAGUAUUAUUGUCUGAAUAAUGGCAAGUUGGUACAGCUGAACCCUGUUGGUUGCUUGUUGAUGUUAUGACAGCUAUCAUUUACCUUUGGCAUCUAAGAUCUUGUUUCUAAUAAUAUGACAUUCUUUUUAAAUCUUCCUUAUUUUUCUAGACCUCUUAGUAGCUUGUUAAUUGGCAACCUAUUUUGUUUACAUUUAAAGUAUUGUCUGUCAUUUUUAGAUGAACCAUUGACAAUCAGUUUCUUGGUAUAACAGACAAUAUGCUUUGGUGCAUUAAAACUCAUAUUUUUCUCAUUGCAUCAGUAACUGCUAAAAGGGCUGAAGACACGUAAUGGAAACUACCACCAACUUUGUGUUUUUUUUCUUUGUAAAGACAUGACCCAUUUUAAAUAUGCUUAGGUCUGGUCAGGUUUUUGGCCAUUGGAGAUAUUAUAAGCUAAUUUACUUGUUUCACAAUAAAUUAAUUAAUUAAUAAAUGCACCAAUUUUGUUAGUAUUGAAUGAAUUGGAACUAAAAAGAUGGACACAUUUUGGUGGCAGUUUCUUUUUCCCUCAGAAAAUAAAGCCCUUUUUACAAUGUUGUUUAUAUUAAAAAGUAUAAAGUAGGCUUUCUACACACUAGCAUGUUUUUUUUUUUUUUUAUAACAGUAUAAUGACAGCUACAGAUGUGUCCUUUCUUAACUAAUGUCUAUGGCCCGGUUUGCACUACGGAAUUUCCAAGUGAAAUUGCGUUUUGAAAUUCCACUGAGAAAUUCUGCCGCACAGGGUGCCCAACAAAGUUUUUGAGGUGGACUUUCUGCCCUAAAAAUCUGCUGACGGCGAUGGCUGCGCAGUCCUAUGACUAUUUUACCCAGAGCUAGUGCACUCUGAAUCUCCGGAAAUUCCAAAGUGUCAACCCAGUCUAAGAUUUACAGUGUGAGGUUACCAAGUUUUUAUGAAGUUUCAUUUCUUUCUGAGAUGUAAAUGAUGUGUAUACGUGGGCACCAAGUGAUUGUUAUGUCUAUCAAGCUAUAUGUUGAAACAAAAUCCAAUUAUUUAAAGAGGCACUCCACUGCUGGACAUGUUAUCCCAUAUCCAAAGGUUAGGGGAUAACAUAUCUGAUCGCGAGAGUCCGGCCCCUGGGGAGUGAAUUCCGUGCAGUGCCGGAUGACUGGCGAUCACAGCUGCCACACCCCCUCCAUUCAUGUCUAUUGGAGGAGGCGUGACGGCUGUGUACUAGCCAUCAUGCCCCCUCCCAUAUAUAUAAAUGGAGGGAGUGUGGCGUGACAUCACGAUCACAUAAGCCCCAGGUUUCCGUGACCUUAACACCAUAACCCCAUCACGGGGGUCACGGGGGUCCCCAGCGGCUGGACCCCACAAUCAGACAUGUUAUCCCCUAUCCUUUGGAUAGGAGAUAACAUGUAUAGGGGGGGGGAGUACCCCUUUAAAUUACAGUGAAUUCAGACAUUUCCUUUCAACUAACUUUAAAUUCAAAAGAAGUUACACAAAUUGUGUAACUUUCCUGUUUUGACUGUUUUCAGCUUUCCAACUACCUCCAGCUGCAGCAAGGGGACUGGAAGGCAGAAAUUAGGAGAUGGGUAUACCCCUUUUACAUAAAGCUCUUAUCAGAUUUCUGCCAGAAUUUAGUUUUUUUGAUGGAAAAAAAAUGAUACUAUUCUUGUUAGUGUCAGAAGCCCUGAUGAAAUGCAAAUAAAACCAAUGUGAAUGUAGCCUAUAAUAUAUUUUCUACCUGACUGCUUAGAUGAUCAAAUAGAAUAGAUCUGACUAGCCCAAUAAUCCAUAUUAUGGAAAUCAGCAACACAGUGUCCUAUUGAUAUUGAUGAUGUAAUUAUCCAUUUUGUAAGCCAUUCACAAAAAGACUUUCAAUUCAAAAUGAAUUUACACAAUUUCAUUGUCAUUAACAACGGCACCUUAAGAAACACUAACUGCUAAAAGUUAAACAAGAAGUAUAUAAGUAAAGGUAUGGGCUAAAGGUUAGUAAAAUCCCCUUAAUUCAUCAAAUUAUAAAGGGGUAGAUUCAUCAAGACCUGUGCUGAGGAGAAGUCAACCAGUUGCCCACAGCAACCAAUCAGAUUGCUUCUUUUAUUUUUCAGAGACCUUUAAAAAAUGAAGUGCUCUGAUUGGUUGCUAUGGAAAAUUGGUUUACUUCUCCUAUGCACAAGUUUUGAUGAAUCUCCCCAGAAAUGUAUAAUUGUCUGUUUUGUAGGUCCUUUCAAAGGUACUUUAUGAAAUGACUUUUCAUUCUUUCUAAUUACCAGGCACCUGCUGUGCAAGCUCAGACAAAUUUUAGGUAAUAUUCACAAAUGCAUAAAAUGAACAUGUCUUCAGCUUUCAAAUCCAUGAUGCAAAGUUAUAAUACUGGGUAAGCAUUAGAUAAUCCCCUCACACUUUGCUAUCCACCCCCCAUUGCAGCAUAUUAACGCCCCCUGGAGACCAUUGGGGAGAUUUAUAAGUUGCCCACAAAGUAGCAACCAAUCAGAUCACUUAUUUUAUUUUAAAAGAGGCUUGUUAAAAAUGAAAGAAGCAAUCUGAUUGGUUGCUAUGGGAAACUGGUCAAAAUUAAUCUUCACAGGUUUUGUUCAUUUUCCCCCAUGUGACUUAUGAUACAAUAUCUCUUGCCCCAUGAAAUUCUGGAAAAGGUCAGGGGCAACAGUAAAAUAAAAAGACUUGCACUACAGCACUUAUGGUUGUGGGACCCGUAUCGGACAAAUUGGUCAACAGAGGUAAUAGAAGCAUAUUAACCAGUAUUAUAACUUAGUAUCAUAGGCUUAUAGGCUGAGGGGAAAAAAUUAACAUUUGUUUCCAAGUAAAAUUGGGAACAAAAUUGUUAUGUGAUAAUGCAAAUAUGUGACUGAACAUAUCUAUGCAGACGGCAUACACAGGUCCUGAAACUAUUAGUAUUCUGAACAUGGAGAAGAUGAAAAGUAAAACUGAACUGAAAUGCCAUACAUAGUCAAUGCUUGUCCCUAUCAAUUCAGAAAAACGUUGGCUUAUUUUUUCUAUGUCAUUGUUUCUUUAUUUGCUGAGGAAUUGUUGACUCCAUCAUAAGUGAUCCCCACUGUCACUGUAAUAGAUACCAUGUUCAUGUAUUUUAUUAUGCCCCCACCUGAAAAUAAAGGGUGCUUUGGCAGGCAGUGAUAUCAUUUUGUAACUCUACAAAUAAUGUGGCUAAAGAUACAUUUCCAAAAUCAUGAUAUCAGUCCUCUCAUAUAUGAGUUUGCAGUCCAUCAAAUAAUAGUGUAUCAUACAUGUAAAAUAGGUAAACUGGGGCUGCAAAGCGUUCAUGUGAUUGUGUUGAAGUAGAAAAAGUACAAAUUAACAUUUUGGUGGCGCUCCCCUUACCCCUUGGAUUUGUAAUACAAUUAUAUCAUGAUAUAUCCUGCCUAUGGUUCAGCAUCUUGUACCUGCAGCUUUUUUUUUCUUUUUUACGUAAAAUACAUUGUAUAUAGGCACAUUGCUUUUUUUUUUUUCAAAGCCUCAAUAGUUAUGAUGAUCACUUAGUGUGUGGCCAAUGGUUAAGAGGAAGAGACUUCAUGUCUGGUUCUAAACCUGCUGCUAUUUUUACUUGUGUGUAAACUAAACAUCUAUCCACUUUAAGCUGCUAUUGGAAGAUUCUCUAUUUAAGAAAAAUCAUGCCUGGGGCAUAUUUUUUUCUCUAAAACUGUGCUGUGUGUAAUGGUGACAUACUGUAAAUGUUUGCAUUGUUAAAGUUUAGAAAAUGUUCCAAUAUUUUUAUUUUUUUUUAUUUUUCAUUCACUAGAACUUUUAUUUAAAAAUAAAUAUAUUUUGUGUUCCAGGUCAUAUAAUUUUAGAAAUAUGUAAGGGCUAAAUAUACCAUUGGGCGGUGUAUAGAAUAUAAGGUUAAUACUGUAAGUGAUUAGAGGUGUUUGAAGAAAGCUACUUUUAUGUUCCAGUUACAUUUGCCAUUGCCUUUGAAGUGUCAUAUUUUGUAGUUUUAUAUGUAUCCAUGCUUUCUGAAAUAGAGCUUUCCAUGUCAAAUUACCCAAGUGUAAAUUUAGCAUUAAAUUGUUCUUUAUGUCAGCAUGAAUUAAAAAAAAAAAAAAAAAAAAAAAAAGUGAAAAGAGGUGAAUCAUUUACCUUGCAUCUAGUUUUGUGAUUACCAGAUGCAAGUCCCAUGGAGAAAAAAAUAAAACAUAAAUGCAGCUCAUUUUCAAACAUUUCAUUAAGGAAUCCAAAAUGAUGAAGUUCUCAGAAAUAAGAAAAAUCUACAUCCGAGGUUGUGUAACUUUCUAAACGUGUGUUACUGCAUUAACAUUUCUAAACUCAUUUUUGAAGCUUAUCCACCCAAUAAUGUUGAUGUCUAUCUUAACAAAAUUCAAUUUUUCAAAAAAAAAGAAAAAAAAUUCUGGAUAAUUAUUUGCUAAUAUUAUCUAUCAUAUCUCUGCUAUAGAACUCAUAUUGUUAAACAAUACAGUGUCGUCUGACUAUCACUAUUAAGACUUUAGGAGCUUAAAGGGGUAUUCCAGGAAAAAAAAAAUUAUAUCAACU